UCCCUGGGUAUUUGUAAACUCGAGUAUUGAAUAUCCUUUCCGAAAGGGACAGGAGGUGAGGUCCGGAAGUAGGAUCAUUACACGGAAUAUCGGUGGUUUCAAGUUUCACGUAUACCCGUUUCUGAGCUUCACCCUUAUCCAUUCACUAUAGGAGCCUGCAGACGCCGGGCGGGUGCGAUGAGACAAGUGGCAUUCCAGAAUAAUGUGAUCAGUUGGGUACUUCACAUCAUGUGACAUCUUGGAGACAUCCCUCAUAGUAGGCUCAUCCUGGAGAUUAAGUUGCAUGGGAUCCACGGUGACUUGGCCACAUGGAUUCAGAAUUGGCUUGCCUAUAGAAGAAGAGAUUUUAAUGAAAUUGCUGAGCCUGAGCUGAUCAACUCUCUGAAGUGUAUAAGAAAGAAAGUAUAUUUAUGGAACCAAAUCUUCAGGAUACCUGUGAGGCUGAUUCAGAGGAAGCACAAAAAACGUCUGUCUCGGUCGAAGCUGCUCAGACCCCUGCAAGAUCAACGACUCACAUAAAUAAUGAUGGAUUAGGAUCUACAACCAGUGAUUUUCACACUGAGAACCCUGCUGAGAACUGUGUGCGUUUGGAAAAAGAAGCCAUUUGUGUAUCCAGUUUCGUUGAAAAAGACGGUGACAGUUUAAUUGGCAAUACUAACAAGAAUUCUUCAUUUAUAUCUGCAGCAUCUGUACGAGUUUCUAAACCACAUGUUGCUAAUAAAACAUCAGGACAAGCAGCAACUAAUAACAGAAGUCCACAAAAAGACAAAAGUCUGCUUGUCUCUGACCUAAAAUUAACAACUAAUCUUUUGACUACAGAUGGGAUAGCUUCUACAGUGUCUGCAGAUGAAAACCAUCGACCAUUUGGUAUGAUCCUUUUACAGCAAAGUGCUGAUGUUACCAAGGAGAAAUCCAAAUCUGCAAAUCACAGUUCACAACCUACAGUGUGUCAUGCCACUUUGAGUAAGAGUGCUGUCAUACGUGCCACAAUCACUUCAAAAGAUACCAAUCUCCAUCCCAACACUCUGGUAGUUUCAGAGCAGAGUACUUGUGAAAUAGAAGGACAAUGGAGAAAAGGAGGAAAAGACCCGUUGAUUGAUCACUUAAACCAUUCUGCUGCAGAUGAAAAUAUUGCAACUGUAAAUGAGUCCGAAAUUAAGUUUUGUCUAGCUCCUGAUCCAUUACUUGUACAGCAAAAUACAGACAAAAAACAGGAGUCAUGCAUAAAAGAUCAAAAUAGCUUGAUGCGUAAUCCAGAAGUGGACCUCUUUGAUAGAUCUGUGAAUGGUUGUCCUUGUGAAACAAGCGCUAAUCCUGUGAACGCCCCUAAGAAACGAGGAAGAAAGCCUAAAAGUGCAGUGGUUACAUUUGCAAAAGAAAUUCCCAGUCAUGGCAACAGUGAGAAUGGUUGUGGCCCAGAAGUGGGAACUCUUGAGCCAGUGCUGAUUCCAAAGAAACAAGCAAGAAAACCUAAAAAUACAAGAACAGUGUCACAAACAUCAAAAGGGUAUUCUGAUGCUGCUGAAAAUGAUGGCAAAUUUGAAUUGGGAGCUCCUCAACCAGCCAACAUCCCAAAGAAAAGAGGAAGAAAACUGAAAAAUGCAAAAAAAAUAUUUGAAAGAAUAGUGCAACAAAUUCCAUCAAAGGGGCUUAGUGAUGACGCUAAAAAUGAUAGUAACAAUGAGGUGGUAAUUCAUGAACCAGUGAAGAUCCUGACAAAACGAGGAAGAAAACCUAAGAAUGCAGAAGCAGUGGCUGCUGAAAGAGUGGUGCUGCAGGCUCCAACAGCUGGUAGUAAUAUUUCUGAAAAUGGUGGUGUCACUGAGAUUGAUGCUCCACCACCAAUGCAGAUACCCAAGAAGAGAGGAAGAAAACCUAAGAAUAAGAUGGUACCCCAAGAAGACAGUACAGAUACCCAUGGGCUGUUGAAGCCAAUUGUCCAGAGAUUAUUGGAAGAGAGCAAUACCGACAAUGAGCUAACGGCAAGUGGCCGACCAAAGAGGAGGGCGGCCAGAGCUGCCUUGCUUUACCUACAUGAAAUCGUAGAGGAAAUAAAAUCACCAUCUUAUAAGGUGGAUGAUGUCGCUGCCAAUAUAAAUGAUUGUGAACCAGAUCACCCUCUGGAUCAAUCACUAUCUCAACCUCCAUCUUCCCAAAAACAAAGAAAAAGAAGGAAGAGGCAGAAGAUCAAUGACGUUUUUGAUGACAUGUCAGAUGACAAAGAUUUUGUGAUCUCUGAUGAAGGAACUGAUGAGGAAGAGGAUGAAGAAUUUAUUGAAGUCGAGCCACGCAGUGUUAGCUCUGAGUCUGAUCUAGGUGAUUUUCGUGAUGUAGAUGGUCAGAAACAAAGGAGUCUGAUAAAUAAACAAUCUUGCAGUACAAAACGUCGCCUGUUUGGAAAUUUUGCUAAUGGCCUCCCUAAUACUAUAAUGGUACCAGUGUGGGAAGCUACAACAAUUACAAGAAAACAUCGAGAGGAACAUCACUCCCCAUGGGUGUUUCCACAUUGGAUGCCUUCAGUGCAGGACUGGAGUUUUCUUCCACAAAGUGAAUCACUUAGGUAUUUGCCCAAUGAAGGAAUCUCACCAAUGUUUAAAAUUAAAAGGGAAGGUCUUCGAGAAAACUCUGUAAUUCAGAGACUGAGAAGAUUCCAGUCACUACCUGCUCAUAAAGAUCGCUGGGAUAUAAACUUCUUUGUAGGUGGUCCUGUAUGGUGUGUGGAGUGGUGCCCAACGCCAGAGGGUUCAGCUGCUUGCCAGUAUGCAGCUAUUUAUUGCAAUAAAAGAAUGGAUGAUAGGCAUAAACUGAUGGAUCAGUAUACAGAGCCAACAUUACUUCAGAUUUGGCAACUGGGAGACCUCCAACAAGAGCAAUGCCCUCAGAUGAAUGCUGCUUUAGCUUAUGGUAUUGCCACAGAGUACGGUUGCAUUUGGGAUAUGAAGUGGUGUCCCAGUGGUGCAUGGGAACUGCCAGAAACCACUAGAAAGAUUCCUCAGAUGGCACGACUUGGUAUGCUAGCAGCUGCAUUUUCCAGUGGAAAGGUUGUCGUUUACAGUUUGCCACACCCCAAGUCUCUAAAUACGUAUAAAAUGAAGUGUUCAAAAGGCAGCACCAAGAACUUGCGGUUGAUUGCUUCCUCAGGCAACUGUCUGUGUGGAUUUGCACAUUCUCCCCGUGUCUGCGUGAAUUUCCUCCGGGUUCUCCGGUUUCCUCCCACAGUGAUAAGUUCAUCUAUUCCAGGGCCAGUCAUAUGUAAGGUUCAAUGUACUGUAAUUCUGGAGAUUGGAUCAGUCCAGUUUAGUGGUUCCUCACAAUGUGGACAAUGUUUCUGCCUUGACUGGAUGCCUACAGGUGAACAUGAAUAUUUGGCAGCAGGUUUUUAUGACGGUACAGUUGCUCUUUGGAAUCUGAAUACCACAUCAUUAUUGUUACGAGUCCAGCAAGGAGAUGGAACUUUGAGGGUCUUCCCUUUCCACUGUUUUGUUGCACAUGACCAUGCUGUCAAAGCCAUUGCUUGGAGUAAAGCUCACAGCAACUUUCUAGUAACAGCUAGCCCUGACAGGAAGAUCAAGUUCUGGGAUCUCAGAAGAACAUACCAACCAAUCAAUGAAAUCAAGCGUUAUUUGAACACAGAAGUUGCCUGGUUGCUUCCAUGGUGUGGAGUUAUGGUAGCACAGGAAAAUUGCUAUGCUGCGUUUGGACUCAGUGGAAUUCACUAUGUAGAUGCUGGUUUUCUUGGGUUUAAGCCAUAUUUUGCUGCACCAAGAGCAGGAACAGUGUGGAGUAUUUCUGGCUCUGACUGGUUGAAUACCUGUGUCUCAGGAGAUAACACAGGAGAAGUGAUUGCUGUUAUCCUCCCAGAUUGUAUGAACAACACAAUGAAUAUCAAGCGACCUAAUGAGCGGCGUUUUCCUGUUUAUAAAGCUGACGUCAUUCAUCACAAUGCUGGCAGUAACAUUUCAGUCUCCUGCUUACAUCAAAAAGAGAAAGAGGCCAAUGCUGAAAAGCAUUCUUCUGAAAUGGAGGAGGAAGAUUCAACUUCCAGUCCAGUCAUUGAACCAAAGACUUAUAGUGAUACAGUGAAGAAAUACUACCUAACGUUUGAUGAUACUGACUUGAGGAAUUUCAAGAACAUGGUUUCCAGAGAGCCUUUUAAAAGAAUACAGAAGGUAGACAAAGCAAAAACGCAUCCUGACCGAAUGCCACUGGAAUCUGUAUACAAAGUUCGAUUCAAUCCCAACCUUGAUGCCCAUGGAUGGGUCCUCUCAGCUGGCCAAUCAGGGAUUGUCCGAGCACACUGUGUGCAGAGUCUUAAUACACAUGUGAGUAAGAAACUGAUUAAGGAAUGCCGAGCACAGUUCAGUUCCAUGUUCCAACCUACAGAAGUUGAAGAUGUUGAGAACUCGACAAAAUAAUAUGCAUCAUGAUGGCUGGAGGAUACAAGGACAUGACUCUGCUGACAAGCCGUUACAAUCAAUUUUCCAUGCAAUAAAUGCAACAGUAUCGUGAAUCCUACCCACUAGGUUCAACCAGGGCCCAAUACUGAAAGUGGCACAGGUAUACUGUCUACCAGUUCAGCAGUGUAUGUUUUUCUAAAAUUUGCACAGAAUAUGUCUUAAUUGUGUUACUGAAGAUCAAUCUAUUGAAUCAGACACAUGGAUUUUUCAGAUGAAGUACACAAACUGAACUGUUUCUUUCAUUCUCAUAAUUUUCAAUUCUGCUGUAAAAUUUUUGAGGAACAUAAUUUUAGUCCCAAAGAAUGCUAUUAUGCCUUUCAUGAAUCAAUCUGAUUUGUAGGGUUUUGUUUUACUUUUUGAACAAAGCUUAGAGACUGAUAUUGUCUACAUGAACUUGUGUCUGAUUUCACAAGAUUGGCUUUAGGCAGGUUUUUAAGCUGCUAAGAAGCGUUUUACAAAACUACGGUUGUUAAAAUCAUGAAAUAUAGUACGCUUUUUAUUUGCAAAUUGCUUUUAUUUCAGUGAUCCAAAAGCAGUGGUCCUUGUUUUACUGCUUGUUGGCUCGAGCCAUUGCCUCCAAUUUGUGGCCUGCCAUGAGGUAUUCAGAUUCUUCUGUGGUACAAUUUAAAGUGUCACCUCCUAUAAAUGUCUGGGAUUUUCAGCCUGAGGUGGUUUUGUGUUUAGUGGCCGCUUGGAGCUUGGAAUAAGUAAACAGCAGGUCAGAUCGGUAUUUAAGGAAAAAAACAGAUUUGGAGUUUACCUAGAAAACAAAUUACUUGGGUUAAAUUGGUUUUUGUCUGCUACAUACAGAAUUCUUGUGAUUUAUAAUACUGAUUGAAUUUAAAAUGAAAUGAAAUUGCCUUUGGAUUGAAAGAAGUUAAUCCUUUCUCUUGUCCAAAAUGUAAAAAGAAGUGUAAAAUGAAAGAUCAGUUAGGACUCUUGAAAAUUAGGUACAUCCUUUGUACAUAGAUGUCCCUUCUCCCUGAUACAAUGCAAGUGGAAAGCAAUUUUGCCACUGAUGCUUCUGCAAACUUUUUCUUACUUUUAAACAGAAAUGCCAAUUUUACUAGAAUGCAUAAAUCUUGCACUGGGAAACAAUCAGUCACCCAGUGUGUGUGCUGUAUCUUGUCAAACUUGUAGUAAAGAGUCUCAACGUUAAACAUUAUUGUUUAAUGUCUAUGUAGCUUUACUUUUCUCUUAGUAAAAGAAGUAAUAUAUUUGUAGAUGAUUUUCAUUGAAUAAAUAGACAUUGAAAUUGACUUUCCUUUCCUAACUUGGAUAUCAUUUCAUGAUUUUUAUAACUUAGCAUGUAAAACCGGCAAUGGUCAAUUUGCUCACACUGAGCGCUGUUGUCAUUUACAUACUGCUAUUUUGAGGUUAAGUAAUGCACUGUGUGUAAAAUUAGGCUUUUAGCUGUGAACUUUUCUAAAAAGCACUUGGCAAAUGCUCCAUGCUUCCCCUUUUGCUCCUCCCCAUCCAGAAAAAAAAUCCUGUGAAGUUAAAGAAUUCACAAUUUUUCAAUUAUUUUGUAAAUGUGAUGUCUGUUUGAUAAUAAUUUUAGACUAACCAUAGUAUGUUUCUUUUUAAACUUUAUCCCGGGUUUCUGUUUUAUGCGGUGUAUUUCUUUUGGUUGUUAUUAAAAGUAGUUUUAGUGUUCGUAGAUCAGUAAAUCUGUAACUCACCAAUGUGGUUCCAUGCAUUUGAUGUACAGCUACCUCAAACUCAAAUUAGUUUAGAGAUUUUGCAAAGUUUUGUUAUGUGCUUUGUUAUGAUCAGACGAUGCAGAUAUAUGUACUGCACCCUUAAUUGUUGGUACAUCCUAUGCUUCAGAUGUCUCUUGCUAGCAUUAUCAUUGCAAUGCUCAAUUCUGGGAUGCAAAAGAUGAUUACCACAGUGCUUAAAUUGUACACAAAUGGUAUGCUUGCACACAAGAUGUGUCCGCUGAAUCCAUGGGAGAAAUCGAAAUAAUUUAUGUAGCCGAUGUGCAUUCCUCUCAACCCUGUAACGAAGCAUUUUGAAAUCAUAUAUUACUAUGAUCUGCAUAGAUUUUAAUUACUGUCUCUCUCUUUCUUGGUAAAAUCACAGUUUCUCUUUCCUUGUAGAAACAGAAGUUGAUUCGGAGACCUGCAGUUCCAAUACAGAUGCAUCUAAACUACCAACUGUAAUAUUUCUUUUCCUCUAAAGUAUAUGACAUUUCAAAAAAAUCCAUUUUUGAAAGUGUCAGCUAACUGCAAUAGUAUGUAUCUUUUUAGAUUUGUUACACUUUGGUUUUCAAUUAUGAUUCAAAACAGAAAAAUCAAAAAAUAUUUAUUAUUAGAUAUACAGAAGGCACUGCUAAUCUAUAGCAUGUGGAGAAGUUACUUUGUGACAUAGGUGUCUCCAUAUUGAUAUUCUGUCCUAUAAUGUGCGCCAAUCAUUCAUGCAUCUGUCCUCCAUCUGUAAAUUUUCAGUUGGAAUAAAAAAUGCAUUCAGAAUCUGCUGUAAAUGUAUUCUGGAUGAAUGCUAAAUUGCUUACUUUGAUGUCAUUCCCAUACUUUGCCUUUUUUUUAAAAGCCAUCUUUGAUCCUCCCUGGGCAAGACGCCUAGCAGGUGACAUGCUUCCUGGUUUCUGCCAGUGUUGCUCUGUAUUUAGGCACAAAUUUAUAGUCAUUAAUGGCCCAGAGAUAUUUACCCCUCACUAUUCCACUUAAGAAUCACUUUCCUGAUUAAUAUGGCUGAAAUUAUAAAUUUACUGCCUGGAAAUUUUUGGAUUUUAACCUACUUUAUACCACGUUGAAUGCAGCAGGUUACUAGCAUGCUAUUCCCAGAUGCAGUUUGGUUCAGGUUAAUGUCAUAAGUGUUUUCUGAAUUUAAAAAUAAUAUAAAAGCUGAGUCAACAAAAUGAAGCUUUCAAGUAAAGUUGCUUGUUCAGUUAAUUCAUAUGUAUUAAAAGCUCAGUCUGGGUUGUUUCAAACUGUACAUUACUGUACUGUAAGGUGUAAUUAUUUACCUUCAUCCCGACUCAUUAUGUUUAAUCAACCAAAAAAUCAUUCUCCCUUAGCUCAUUUGGCUGAGCAUGUUCAAUGGGAAUGGCACAACUUUUUAAAUUUGCAUUUAAUGUAACUCUUUAUCUAGUCCAGGUUCCACGGUGAAACUGCUAUCUUAUUUUCUCCCUAGUACAGUAAAUCUCUGUUCCUCUUAGCUCACACUCACCCACAAAUUUGUCAAAUCGAAACUUUGUUCUAAUUUAUUUUUAUUUUCAAUCCAUCUUUAUCACUAUUCACUGUGGCAUUAGGAUUUUUUUCCUCAGUAUUUUAAAACAGCUACAAAUCACUGUUCCGUUGUUGUCGUCAAGCUAAUGUGCUUUACUGAAAAAUGAAGUGUGUAACACGUGAACACAACUUUUCAUUGUGCAAAUGCACAUGGUUAUAAUUAAACAGAGGGUGUGCACAUAUUAGGAGAUAGCAAGAACUGCAGAUGCUGGAAGCCAGAGUCCAUACGGUGUGGAGCUGGAGAAACACAGCAGGACAGACAGCAUCAGAGGAGCAGGAAAGUUGACUUUUGGGGUCAGGACCCUUCAAGACCAUUUGUUCAGAAAUCUUUUCUAAAAAUUGCAAAGUUGUGGCUGCAGUAUGAAAAUUAAAAUGUUUUUUGUUA